AUGGCAGAAGCUUGUAGGCUUGGAACUUUAACUAACAAAAAGACUGCAUGCACUCAAGAUGAAAACUAUUGUGUUUUUAAUGUUUUGAGUGUAUUUAUAUCCCUUGUAUCUAUACUUGCGGAUUUAACUACUGAUGUUUUAGUAUUUGCGGAAUAUUGUAAGGAUGGUUAUUUAUAUUGGGCGUUCUCAACAAUGAUAUUUAUAUUGUGCCCAAAUAUUUUAAUUAAUAUUUUUUCACUAAGAUGGUAUAUAAUUGAUACGCAAGUUAAUCUUCGUAACUGGAUAACACAUUGCUGUUUAGUUGGACUGUUGGAGAGAUACAUAAUAUUUUUGCAGAAGGUAUUCUCCUGUAAAAAUUUAGAGUCAAUGAAAACACAGAAGUUAAUAAACCAGAGAAAUGAUCUUAGUUUGUUGCAUUUCCUGUAUGUAUUCACAGGGACUGUACCACAAAUUAUAUUACAAACAUACUCUGUUGUUAUGUUCAAUGGAAAUUAUCAUACAAAAGUGUUUGCUCUGGUAGCAUCGAUAGCAUCUGUGAUAUGGGGUUGUGUUACAUAUACAUACAGUAUCACAACAUUCACCACCGAUAACUUCAAAUGGAGCUCCAUAUUUCUGAAACUUGUAUGGUAUUUUGGAAUUUUAAUAGGAAGAAUCGCGGGUAUAUUGUUGUUCAGCAUAAUAUUCGGUAUAUGGGCACUUAUACCAUUAGGUUUGCAUUGGUCAGCGAUGACGUUUUGGAUAAUUACACAGAAAACGACCUUCUGUCCGAAUAAAUUAGAAGAGACUUUUUAUAAUGCUGUGAUGGGUUUUGUGUAUUGUUUCUGUUAUAUAAAUCUUAGAGAGGGUCACACUAGAUAUAGACUAUUGAUGUUCUACACACUGAUAGUGACCCAAAAUUUCGGCAGUUUGUUCCUAUAUAUAUUAAUAUCUGACUUGGAAAGACAAAAGAAGCCGUGGUCAAUCGCUGCAACUGUAUGUGUUAUAACAGGAACAGUUAUUGGUAUCGUGGCAAUGAUAUUAUACUACAGAUACUUUCAUUCCAAAGGACCAAUACCGUGGAAGAAUUCCCAAGACGACGUUGAGUUAAACAAUAAAACUGUGACGCAAAAUAAUGAUAGUAAAAAUAAUAAAAUUAACGGCUUGAAUAACGUUAGAUCAUUUAAAACAUAUAACACAAGCGUGGAAGCAGAAAGGAACGAUACGACAACCGGCAACCAGCCACUACCACAGAACGAUAGCGAAAACGCUGAUAAGAAAUUCCUAUUAGACCAUUGGAUUGCGAGAUCUGGUUCACCUACUUUCACAUCGGCGCCCGUUGGAAAUAUUAGCAUGGAUUCAAGCAUCGAGUUAUAUACAGUCGAGAACACUCCGCAGACGACCAGAGAGAACACAAAUAACACGACGAAUAUCAAACCAAAAAAGAAAAUAUGCUUUCCCACUGAACUAAACCUGAAAUUAUCAUCAUUGGAAAACUUAGAAAGUUCCAUCGACGAGCUCACAAAGAGCACGUUAAACAUACAGAAGCGACGUGGCAUUUGUUCGUCUGACGAAUUGAGGGAUGAUUUGAAUAACCUCAACUUACAAGCGUGUAAUAUAGUGAAUGAAGCGUUCGCUAAGUCACUUAAGAACGAUCACAGCUCAGAACUCAGUCACGACACAGACGGCUCCAACAAGAAAACAUCAUCAGAUUCUAUAGAUAUGGAUCUAGAUUUAAGUUUCAGUGAUAUAAACAGUUCCGAUAUAAACACAUUCAAUGAGAAUAUAGUGCAAAAGCUCUGUUUAAGCGCACUCAAGAACAUUAAAGUCGGCAACCAAGACGCGGAUAUAGAAAACAUACAAAGGAUAGCACUCGAUAUACUCAAAGAAAUGUAUACUAAGAAAGAUAAGAUAAAAAAUGGUAUAACGACCGAUCUGUUUCAGUCCAAACGAGAUCUAGACACGCCAACCGAGAUCCUAUCAGUGCAUGAUUAUGAAAAUAUUUGCGCCGUUAAUAUAGCAAGAGAAGCUUGGGGUUUACGGUCUUGGAAUGGUUACUGCGAUAUAGAGAACUGGUUACACGACGGUAGUGUAGUCAGGGAUAGAAGCAGAGACACUCUGACGUCAGGCAGCUCGGAAAUAAGCAGCUGUUUGUCACAGGAACUAAAAAACGCUAUACUAUCCGCACCAUCGUUCCCUAGAAAACCGCAUACCUAUUCAAACGUGUUCGUCAAAUUUGAAAGAAGCAGUCAAGAAGAUUACACCAACACUAUGAUGUGUCAUUCAAACGAUGACACCUUCUUAGCUAAACCAUGCAUCAUAGAUCUGACUAAAGAUCCGAACCAUUUGGAACCAAUAUUAGAAGAACUAGACGAUCUUGGAGAUAUUGAUGUUUCGUGUAAGAAAAGACUGAAUUCUGAGAGUUCUCUGGUGGCUACUAUAGACGAGAUAAGAAAGGCGACUACAACUAAUUCCCCUAGAAAUCCGUAUUACAGGAGAGAACAGUGGGAUAAUCAAUGGGAUUCACCACAAUUCCAUUCAGACACCACAGAGAUUAGUUUAAAGAAAGCCAUUUGGAAGGAACCGUAUAAAUUUAAUUCUAGCAAUAAAAUGGACUCAUUACAAGAGAAAGACAUUGCCAUUGGUUCGUCUCACGGCUCUAAAUUUGAUUCCAACAAGGAUUUGAAUAUCCUGCCUUUAUCUGCUAAGCUUAAUGUAAAUACCCAACACAAAACCAUUCCACGGAGACAGAAGAUGAAUUCUACUAAAAAUCAAAAUAAGAAACUCAAUAAUAAAACAGAACAAGUUCACGACCUUUCUAAUAAAGAUAUAGACUUCUUAUGGCAGUUAGUGUCUGAGAAUUCUCUGCCUAUGAACACGGUCGAUGAAUUCACAUUAAGUCGCAAAACCCCGUCAUUACAAUCUCUUAUACAAAAAGAUACUACAACGAACUUAGUCAAUACUUCCACCGCUAAAAUAUCAAAUAUUAAGAAAAACGGCAGAACGAGACCUAGGAGAAAAUUCUCCAUUUUACGAGAAAGGUUCGAACCCAAGACAAACUUACACUCCGAUGAAGAAAUAUUAUAUCAAUGCACGGAAAAUCUGUCCCAACAAUUUGAUUCUAACAUAAUGAACGUCAAGAAUCACUUCGACGCUCAUCACGAUUUAAAUAUAUCACCUCUUAAACAAUCAAAUGAAUUAUCUAAUGACGUAAAAUGUAAUUCGAUACUAGAAUCUCAAACUUCCUCGAAAAAUCUCAAAGACAAACGAUCUAUAUUCAUGAAGCAGGUACUUAGCCCGCCGAGGUUUAACACAAAACUCAAACAUAAAGUAUAA